AUGCCCAGGAAGGCCUGGGACUGGUCGAGGCGGAACAAGCGGUGGAUUAUCGGUGGUGUCGCUGUAGGGGCGGUGGCAGUAUAUUGGCUCAGGCCGUAUUAUCAGCAAUUUCGCGAGCUGCAGAGUAUAGUGUCGGAGGCCAAUCGGAUCAUGGAGGAGGGUGGCGAGGGGAAGCCGGGAGAACCCAAGAUCAGCAAACGUCAGAGGGAACACCAUGCGAGGGUCAUGGCCAUGGCAAAUAACCUCAUUUUGACUGGUGACAGCAUAGAUCGGCUGAGGGUGUGGCUACAGCAGGCGUAUGAGGAGGAUAUAGACAGGAACAUACCACGCAAAUUGAAAGCACUGAAGGGGCCUGGAAUGGCAGAGGAAAAGCAAAGGCUGUUCACUGAGCUGCAGAAGCUUUGUACUAGUCGGGAUGCCCUCUAG